AUGAAAUUAUUUUUCACCAGACUGCAGCAGCUGUCACAGGAUGAUGAAAGUCUAAAGACAUUCUACUCCUGCCGUCGUAUUGUUCGCAAUUUUAUCCUUGCGAAUGCUCAGGUGUACCGUGGCUUUCCCAUUGUGUACUGCUCAGAUGGAUUCUGCGACCUCACUGGCUAUGCUCGCACUGAAGUCAUGCAGAAGAAUUGUGGGUGCCGAUUUCUGCACGGAGCAGAGACUAAUGACCAGGUUUCUGUGCAGAUUGAAAAAGCACUUGACAGCAAGCAAGAGUUUCAGGGGGAAGUGCAAUUCUACAAGAAAUCAGGCACUGCAUUUUGGUGUCUGCUUGACAUUGUACCCAUUAAAAAUGAGAAGGGAGAGGUUGUACUAUUCCUGGUUUCCUUCAAGGAUGUCACUGAUACCCGAGGCAUAAACCACCCAGGAGAUGGGAAAGAAGAAGGAAAGCUCAAGAACAAAAAGAGUAGUGGGUCCCAUUUUAGUGUUGCCCGCAAACAAGGCCGAACUGUCCUGUACCAUCUGACCAGCCAUCUUCAAAAACGCGACAAAAAUAAAGUCACGCUGAACAAUAACAUGUUUGAGAAUAAGUCCUCCCUCCCGGAAUAUAAAGUGGCCUCCAUCCAGAAAUCCCGCUUCAUCGUCAUGCACUACAGCAUGUUUAAAGCCGGGUGGGACUGGCUCAUCUUACUGGCUACGUUUUAUGUUGCUGUGACCGUCCCGUACAACGUUUGCUUCACAGAAAGUGACGACAGCUCCACCGCUUCGCGCAGCACCACCGUCAGCGACAUUGCUGUGGAAAUGCUUUUCAUUUUCGAUAUAAUCCUGAACUUUCGUACCACUUAUGUCAGUCAGUCAGGUCAAGUGGUAUACGAUGCGCGAUCCAUCUGUAUCCAUUAUGGAACCACAUGGUUUUUUGUGGAUCUAAUAGCUGCAUUGCCAUUUGAUCUUCUUUAUGCCUUUAACAUCACUGUGACCUCCCUGGUUCAUUUGUUGAAGACUGUGCGUCUGUUGCGGUUGCUGCGUUUAUUACAAAAGCUUGAUCGAUACUCCCAGUACAGCGCUAUGGUCCUCACACUUCUAAUGUCAAUGUUUGCACUGCUUGCUCACUGGAUGGCCUGCAUUUGGUACGUGAUUGGCAAGAAGGAGAUGGAAAUGAAUGAUCCACACACGUGGGACAUUGGCUGGUUAAAUGAGCUUGGAAAACGGUUAGAGAUGCCAUACACAAACAACUCAAUUGGUGGCCCGUCUGUCAGAAGUGCCUACAUUGCUGCCCUCUACUUCACCCUGAGCAGCUUAACCAGCGUCGGCUUUGGAAAUGUUUCAGCAAAUACAGAUGCAGAGAAGAUAUUUUCAAUUUGCACAAUGCUUAUAGGAGCCCUAAUGCAUGCCGUUGUUUUUGGGAAUGUUACUGCCAUCAUCCAGCGCAUGUACUCAAGGCGCUCACUCUAUCACACACGAAUGAAGGACCUGAAAGACUUUAUUCGAGUUCACCACCUUCCUCAACAGCUCAAACAGAGAAUGCUGGAGUAUUUCCAGACAACAUGGUCAGUGAAUAAUGGGAUUGAUGCCAAUGAGCUUUUACGAGAUUUCCCAGAUGAGCUACGUGCCGAUAUUGCCAUGCACCUGAACAAGGAAAUUCUGCAGUUACCCCUCUUUAUAUCGGCCAGUCGUGGGUGCCUGAGAUCACUGUCUCUCCACAUCAAAACAUCUUUCUGUGCCCCAGGAGAGUACCUCAUCAGACAGGGCGAUGCCUUGCAGGCAAACUACUUUGUGUGUUCAGGCUCAAUGGAAGUUCUCAAAGACAACAUGGUAUUGGCCAUUCUUGGUAAAGGGGACCUGAUCGGCGCAGACCUUUCAACCAAGGGCAAGGUGAUUAAAACAAAUGCUGAUGUUAAAGCAUUAACUUAUUGUGACCUGCAGUACAUUAGUUUGCGAGGCCUGAGUGAGGUAUUGGAACUCUAUCCUGAAUAUUCAAGCAAAUUCCUAGCUGACAUCCACCAUGACCUGACCUUCAACCUUGAAGAAGGGCGUGAAGCAUUGGGAUUCUCAAAGUUCACCAAAUCCCCCAGACUAUCCCAGAACCGUUUAGAGAAUAGUGACAAUUCUAAUAAGAAGCUUCCCUCCAUUUUGGAAACUGAGGAUGAACCAAGUGAAUAUUCUCACCUCUCACCAGCAACUAGGACCAGAAGGAAACUCACCUUGCCGGGUUUGAACAGCCCAAUCCGGCGAGGGUCGCUCGGGAGCUUGCUCGGAGAUGACCUUAAGCAUUACUCAACGAUAAGACUUGGCAGUCGUUCACCGGCCAAGUGCAGGAGGGGUGGAAGCCCCCAGUAUAAGAAGGAAGACGUCACAUCUAAUAGUGGAAAUGGUAAUGCACGAAAACCAGCAAAACUACUUCUACCAUCUCUAAACUGCUGUGGACCUCCUGACUUAAGCCCUAGAAUUGUUGAUGGGAUUGAAGACGAUGGCAAGACAUACGAAACGCCAACAUUUCACUUUAACGUAGAUCAGAAUUUUCAGAAGUCAACCAAAUUUUCUCCAAAGAAAGCUGCAAGCAGUAUGGGUGUUAUGGUUUCUGUGUAA